CAACAACAAAAACCAAACCAUGGAUGAAGUUGGCGCUGGCAGCGCUGCGGCGUCGGCCACAAAGAAGAGCGGCACCACCCUCUCCGUGGAUCGAGCCGCAUUCCUCUUGCUGCGCGUGAAAAAGGCAUUCAAGAAGAAGCGGCAACAGCGCAAGGAGCGACAAGCACAGCAAAGCGCAGGAGGAGGCGGUGGUGUGGGGAGCAGCGGGGCACAAUCGCGCAGCGGCAGCCGCAAAUUGCCGCCGCCAUUGUUGCGUUCCCGAACGCUGCCAGCCAUCAUUGUCCCAGGACUUCCGCUGGUCUCGCUGCACACGGAUAAGCACACAUUUCAUUUAGAUGAGCGCCUGUUGGGCUGUAAAAGUCGCAGUGGCAGCGCCAGUGGCCAUCGGUGGUCCCUGCUGACACGAGGAAGUGGCGGUGGUGGCGGUGGUGGCAGUGGUGCUGGUGUUGGUGGUAGUGGUUCUGGUUCUGGCCACAACAACAACAAUAGCAAUUUAACAAACAACAACAACAACACAUUGAUGGUGAAAUCAUUGAAUUUACCCAAAGAUGAUUCGUCGCUGAUUUACCGCCGAAAAUCGUCAGGCAGCUCGCCGCACGCACAUGCGGCACAUGCUGCUGUAAUGCAACAUCAAUAUCAGCAACAUGUUGCAGAUAGCUCACUGUUUCAUCUAUCCGACGACUUUGAGUGCCAUGCGGAUGGCUCGCUGCUACUCAGGAUACCCGCACCGCACGGGCUCGCCUCCUCGCCAUCGUCGCGUGGCUAUCAUCCUUGCCGCCUGGCGGCGAAAAAACGUGCCACGGCAUGCUCGGAGGCAACGACGCCACUGUCAAGGGACCAUCAGCAUCCGCACCAGCAUCUGCACGACUUUGCAAUGGCCGAUGCUGGUGGCAGUGGCAGUGGCAGUGGCAGCAGCAGCAGCGCCUCGGGAGCACAGACGACCUUCACGCGUCUGGCCAAAUUGCUGCAUCAAUCAAGCGCCAUUACAGCCAGAUCCAAUCUGCAACCCAGUGUCUAUAUGGAGGCGCCUCAGGGCGAAGAGGCGCCUCGCCGUCUAUCCUGGGAAAGGCGCAAGGAUAGCAGCGCUCUGCAGCGUUCGGCCAGCAUUGACUCCUUCGCGGAGAUAGUGUUUAGUGAGCUGCCACGCCCCUCGCUGGAUAUACCACGCACCGCCGCCACAGCAGCGCCGACACCCUUCAGCAAACGUCCCUCGGCGAGCAGCCUGUACUCGACGUGCAGCAGCAUUGCGGCAGCAACGGCUGCCUCGGCACAGGUGCACGCCCAGCUGAAUGUCAAUUAUGGCGACCUAACGGCACAUUCUCAUCCAGGCAGCGGCGGCAGCGGUGGCGGCGGCGGCAAUGGGAGCAUGAGUGCCGGCAGCAGUCGCCGGGAGAGCAUGCUGAGUCCGUCGUCAACGCGACGCAACAAGCUGACCAGAAUCAUUAAUACUCUCUUUUCGGCCGUCGAACAGGGACAUCUGGACAAGGCACGCACCAUACUCGAAUCCACCGAUGUGGACGUCAAUAGCAUCAAUACGGAUGGGCUCUCAGCUUUGGAUGUGGCCGUGUUGAGCAACAAUCGCUCCAUGACAAAAAUGCUGCUGCAGCAUGGCGCCCUGGAGGGAUCACAGUUUUCCGUUGAUAGUAUUGGCACCAAGCUGAACGGCCUGCUCAAAGAUGCCGAGUCACGCAUCCACGAUCUCAGCGGACAGGAGGGACUAUGUGCGCCCGUCUUCACAUCGCGGCCCUCCAUAUCCAGCAUCAUAAUUGGCAAUACGGGCUCAUCGGUGACUGGUUGCACGGGCAACGAGGUGGACAAGCAGAUUGGCAUCUGGGAGCGUCGUGUCAAGGGGCUGCGACGCAUGCUCCUUGGCUGGGAUCAGGCGCGACCACCAGAUGCGCCCGCCUCCGUUGUGGUCGAUGUCACCGGCGACAAUUCCAUCAGCUUGCAAAUACUCGAACCCUUCGAGGGCGCCAUUGGCACAAAAUUUAAAGUUCAAUGGUCAACACGCGCGGACUUUAACAAUGUGGUCGGCGAGCGGGAGCUGCUCGAGUGGAUUAGUUUCCAUGGCACCAUGGGUGCCCAGUGUCACAUUGCUGGCCUCACCCAGGGACGACGCUACUUCCUACGCGCCGCCUGUGGCAAUGUCAAGGGCUGGGGCGGCUAUCGCAAUUCAGUGCCCGCCAGCGUUGUGCCCUCAACUUGGCGUGACUUGGAUAAUCGCGAGGAUCGUUUCUCUGGCCGGCAGUGUAUACUGGACAAUCUGUUUACCGCUGUGCGUUUGGCUCGACCUGCAGAUGUUUCGGAGCUGACACUGGAUCCGGGCAACGUGCAGCGACGCAAUCCCAAGAAGAAGACCACCAUCAAGCAGCUAUUCUCGGUCACCUCCAAGUUCCAGAAGACGCUGCGACGCGGCAUUUACUUCUCGUGCAUUGUGCACUGCGAUGACAAGGUGCUGGUGACCAGCGAGGACUUUCCGCCCGUCAUCGAGAUCGAUGAAUCGUAUCCGAGUGCUUUGCACAUGGACUACUAUUGGCUGAUGAAAGUGGCCUGUACGUGGGACGAUGUCAAAUCGUUGCGCUCGGAUAUGGAGAGGAAUUUAACAUCGCCGGUGCACUUUCGUACCAAGCUGCUGUCGGCUGUCUGCCAGAUGCAAUCGGCACUGGGCAUCAGUGAUCUCGGCCAGCUGUAUUAUAAACCGUUGCGGGAUGCCCAGGGCACUGUGGUGCUGACCUGCAUUCAAUCGGUGAAGAGCCAGAAGGCUGUCUCCAUACUCAACUCACGCUGGCUGCCAGUCAGCAAGCUGCAAAAGAAGCUGGGCACACUGCACGAGGAUUGCAACAUGAACGAGCUGCUCAUCUCGAGCAUUGGCGAUCAGUUGCAUUAUCAGCAGGCGGCGCUGCAACGUCUGGAGCCCGGUCUGUAUUUGGGAUACCUCAAGAUGCAGUGCUCGAUGGAUCAGAUCCAGGUGGUUGUGCCGGUGAAGACGCCCAAUGUGCUGCCCCACUGCAAGGUGCGCGAGAAUAGUCACAUUACCGCCGAGGAGUGGCAGGUGCUGCAUCAGGCCCGCUACGCCGCCGAUCCACUGCGUCUUCCUCUCGAUUUUAAUACAGCCGGCGAUGGCAAUGGGAAUAGGUCAACGACGGAGGUGCAACGACUCUUCCUAUACGAUCUCAGUACGGCGAUGCACAAGCUGCUUGCUGCCAUGAGCAUUAAGUCCACAGAUGCGGCCACACAUCGCCUCUAUGACGUGGAGGUCAUCGAGCACAGUCGCGACAUUAGCUUCCUCAUUGUCUGUCCAUCCGUGGAAUCCUCGUGCGCCGUGCCCGGCCAGUCGGAGUUGCUGCUGCAGCGUGACGAUCUCGCCAGCCUGAGCAUCCAGGCCUUCGAGAUGAUCCAUCUGCGCACCUACCAGCCGGCCAUUGUGCACAAGUAUGCGCGGCUCUCCUGCAUCCUGGAGUUAGACACGGCGCUGGCGACGCACUCGCAUCGUGAGGCCUUCUCCAGCAGUGAGCUGCAGGCGGCCAAGGAGCGUCUGGCCACGCUACAGGAUCUGAGCACGAACCUGACGCUGGUAUGGAAGAGCGUCCGCUGGCUGAUGGAUGUGGUGGCCUAUGCCCGCAAUAAGAACGCCCAGCCAGCUCUGCCCAUGCGCGAAAUUCUCGAGUUUGCCCAGCUGCGUCACGAGGAGUCCACUCAGCAGCUGCUGCAGCUGCCGUUGCGCGACAGCAAGUUUAGUAAAUCGGGCCGUGGCAGCUGGCCGGGACCAGGUGCCAAUGAGGAUAAGAGCAGGCACGGCAAACCGGAGCAUUCCAAGUCCGAAACGAAUCUGGGACAUGGUGUCGUGACUCCAAGCUUAGCGCAGCCAUCGCCGCUGGAUGCAGGUGAUAAACAGCUACCACAACAACAAGACCAACAGGAGCAACAACAACAGCAGCAGCUGCAGCAGCAGCAGCAACAACAGUUGCUCCACGUGGCUGGCAGCGAGUAUGCCGGCUCCACUUGCUCGGAUGUCUCGCUGCGCAAGAAUAGCGGCGAUUCUGUCAGCUCCGCUUACACCGCACGCAGUUUCUACUCCGUCGCUGAUUCGGCUUCAGAUGGCAGCAGUAGUGUGUUCGCUCUGCCACCCUCCCGCUCCGAUGAUACGUUGGCGGAUGCACUGCGUCAUUCACAGGCGGCGACGGUGCAGCGUAAGCGCACUGUCUCCCACAUUGGCUCGAUACCCACGCCGCUGAUCACCGUGCAUAGCUCCAGCUCUGUGCCGUAUCUGGCCGGCUCCAGUGUGUCGCUGAGAACGGGCAGCGGUGCCUUUGCCACCGAUCUGGAGCACAAGCCACUCAAACCAGCUGCGGAGUAUAAGGUGAAGGCGGCAUCCAGUGCCAAUCUUCGCGAGGGUGGACUCUAUCUGAAGAGCUCUCUGUCGGCUCUCCAGCCGGAGCUGAAGCCACUGGGCAGCGAACCGGUCGCGAGCACCUCGAAGGCAUCCUCAACGAAGAGUCUGGCGCAUCAGAGCAGCGAGGAGGACACCGCCAGCUGUUCCAGCCUCAAUGCAGAGCAGAGCGCCACCGGCACCGUCACUGGUGCCGGCAUCAUUCAAGUGUAUACCGCUUACAACACGGGUUUGGCCAGCGGCACCAGUCUCAAGUUGCACGUGACGCCCAAGACGACGGCGCGCGAGGUGAUCAAUCUUGUGGUGAAGCAACUGAACAUGGCUGCCGUGCUGAAGGGCAGCAAAGGACCCAUCUACAGUGCCGAUAUGCUGGACAACUUUUGCCUCGUCGCCGUCAUUGGCGCCCGAGAGCGUUGUCUGCGCGACGACUUUAAGCCGCUCCAGCUGCAGAGUCCCUGGAAGAAGGGUCGCCUCUAUGUGCGACAGAAGCACGAGCUUCUGGCUGCCAUCGAGCACUCCAAUCGCAAAUCACAUCUGAUUUAAGCUACAACUUGAGAAUAGGCUUGUGUACAGUAGUCGCUCGAAAAUGAGAACACUUCUGAAUUCUGAGAAAUUCCUCAUAAAAGAUACGAUUUAUAAUAAUUUCAAAAUAUUAUUCGAAUUCCGAAAUUACUUAUUCCUACUUUGCUUUCCUAUAAUGUAGUAAAUUAAACGAUAUCUGCUCGAAAAAUCGAAAUUUGAAAUUCAAAAAUUCGAUUUCAAUAAGAAACAGAUUUGGCAUUUAUAAUUAGUAGCGACUACUGUGCAUGAAAUAUUCUUGCAACAACAAGUUUCCGUUACUCCCCUACACACACACACACACACACAAAUAUUGUUGGCUUCUUGAUUUGGUUCUUGCUUUAUGGGACUCUUCGCGGUUCCCAGCCAAGUUUGACGACCAAUUCCCCAAAUUAGACUGAAUUACUUACAUAUGUAUGUUAAAAAUAUGAUGGAAAGAUAAUGAUAUGAAAUCGCAAUGAAAUGGUAUUAUAUUUUGAAUAGUUUUUACUUUAUAUACAAACACACACACGCAGACA